AUGAAAAAUAAUUUCAAUGAAGAGCAUAAGCACAAAAAACAUGCACUAACUGAAUUGAAUGAACAGUUGCGUCUCCUUGUUGGUCGUGCUCAACAAUUGGAAUUACAAAACGAAAAAUAUACUGCAAAACUGGCUGAAUUGCGACGAAAAUCGUUCAUUAUUAGUACAACUAGUACACAGAAUGAUGAAUGUAAUCGUAUACAAGCUGAUCUUAUGACAGUUAAUUACGAAAAAGUUUGCUACGAGUCGAAUAUCGAACGUUGUCAACUACAACUUGGAAUGUAUGAGCAAUCGAUCCUAGCAGAAAAGCAAUGGAUUGAUGAAAAACGAUUGAAAUUAGAACAAGAAUUGAUUGAAUCUGCAUCUACUCUAGCUAAAUUAUGUACAUCGUAUGCAGAAGUGUCAAAGAAACUUGGAACUUCUCGUGCAGCGUGUGAAGAUACAUUUCAACAGUAUAUAAGAGUGACCAAUGAUUGGUCUUUUUCCAAGGAAAAAACAAAUGAAUCGAAGAUCACUGUACAAAUGGUCAAGAGUCAAGCUGAAUUUCGCAAGACUUUAUAUUCCAAAUUCGAUGUAUUUUCAAUGGAAAUGUCCGAUUUCGCUGAAUUUUGGACACAUGAAUGGGAAGACAUUAUCAAGAAAAUACGCCAUGAUUUCGAACAAAUAUAUGCAACAAUUCAUCGUGAAGUAAGUUGUUAUUAUGAAAAGAAAAACAAGGAACUACAGAUCGAAGCAGAACAAGUCGUGCGCUAUCAACAAGUUGAAAUGGAAGAAAGUUUAAGGAUUCAACAGAGACUUCAGAGCGAAUAUGAAAAAGUACAAAGGGAACAUUCCUAUGAAAAAGAAAUUCUACUGAAAACCGAAGCAACUUAUUCUAAAUUAGAAUCCGAAUUCCAAGCCAUUCAAAUUCAACAUGAGGAACGAUUCGAAGCACAGUCAAAGGAUCUGCAUUAUUUACAGGAAAGCAUUAUGACUAUGAUGACAACUACAGAAUCUUCGAAAUUUGAUGAUAAUGAUAUUAAUGAUGAUGAUUUACUUGCUGCUUGUGACGAUGUUCCUUUGAAAAAAUCAGAUCCAAUUAUUCCGAUAGUCGAAGUAGCUUCAUUCGGAUUUCCAUUCGAACCAUAUCAAAUUCAAAUUGAUUUUAUGCGUAGUCUUUAUUCAACUAUUCAACAACGUAAACAUGGUAUUUUCGAAUCACCUACGGGCACUGGUAAAAGUUUGAGUUUAAUAUGUGGUUCGCUUCGAUGGUUAUUUGAUGAAAUACAAUCAUGGAAAGAUGAAUACGAAGAAUUAUUAAAACCAAUUGAAACUAAAAAUGAAACGAGUUCGGAUAAUUGGUUAAAACGGUUAAUGAAACGCAAAGAAGAAGAAACCGCAAGAGAAAAACGACGAGAAGAAUUAAAAGUUAAAAUUGAUCUUGAAGAUCAAUAUGCAAAUGCUGCAAAGAAUACAUUGGCAGCUAAUAUCAAGAAAACGAAACGAGAUUUUGAUGCAAAAUAUCGAGAUUUAUUUAAUAGUGAAUUACUUUCAAAAUCUGAUGGUGAUGAUUCAUCUUUAUCAAAAGAUCAAUUUAAAAUCGAUAAUGAUGAUGAAUUAAGUGAUGAAGAAUUAAUUAUAAAAGAUAAUGAUCGUAAAAUAUUAUUUGAUAAUAUUGAUUCACCAACAAAAACUGAUCCAGCAGGUUUACGAGAAAAAAAAGUUCAUGUCCAAAAAAUUUUCUUUUGCACCCGUACACAUUCACAAAUAUCGCAAUUUAUUGGUGAAGUUCAAAAAACAAAAUAUGUUGAUCAAUUACGUUUAGUAGCACUUGGAUCACGUCAAAAUUUAUGUAUUAAUGAAUCAGUACUUAAAUUGAAAUCAUUAACAUUAAUUAAUGAAAAAUGUCUUGAUUUACAAAAACAAAAAAAAGAAAAAAAAACAACGAAAGAAAAACGACAAAAAACAGCUUGUGGUUGUUCAUUUCUACAACAUGAUCGAGUUGAAUGUUUAUCUAAUGAUAUUCUUAGUGAUGUACAAGAUAUUGAAGAUGUUGUUAAACUUGGUCGUGAAUUAAAUACAUGUCCUUAUUAUGCAACACGAGCAGCUAUUGCAGCUGCUCAUCUUGUUGUUUUACCCUAUCAAACUUUAAUGCAUAAAUCAACACGAGAAGCAUGUGGAAUUGAAAUGCGUGAUAAUGUUGUAAUUAUUGAUGAAGCACAUAAUUUACCGGAUGCUAUAUGUGCCAUGCACUCAAAUGAAAUAAAUGGAAAUCAAUUAAUCGAUUCCUAUGGUCAAUUAUCACGUUAUCAUGAAAAAUAUAAAGCUCGUUUAACAGCAAAAAAUUUACUUGCAAUUAAACAAUUAUUAGAUGUACAAAUCAAUUUAAUCAAAACACUUUGCUCACAAGAAAAUUUGUCAACAAUAUAUGAUAGUGAAAAAUGGAGUAACCUCGUUGUUUCAUCAAAUAAAACAGAAACUUCCUCAACUUUUGAUUUAAUUGAUUAUUUAUCGGACGCUGGAAUUUAUGUUAAUCUGUUUCAACUUAUUGAUUAUAUCAAAACAAAUGAAAUAACUAAGAAGUUACAUGGUUUUAUGUCAAAAUAUCCCGUAAAUAAAAAUCACAUAUCAGAAGAAAAGAAAACAAAUGAAAGUGCAUUACAGAAAUUAUUACAAAAACAAGCACAGAAACAAUCACAACCAAAUGUUCUUGAUGAGGAACAAUUAAAAUCGACUGAACAACGAAUCUCGAACUCAUUUGCUAUUUUUGCAAAAUUUCUUGAAGCACUAACAAAUCCACGCGAUGAUGGAAAAAUUAUUCUUAUUAUGAAAGAAACUCUUGGACAAUGUUCAAUCAAAUAUUUUGCUCUUAAAACUUCAUCAUUUUUUCAUGACAUGGUUAAUGAAGCACGUUCGGUUAUUGUUGCUGGCGGAACAAUGAGACCUAUAAAUGAAUUUAUCGAUCAUCUUUUUCUUGCCUGUGGUCAACCCGAAGAAAAACUGUUUCAAUUAUCAUGCAAUCAUAUCGUUCCAGCAGAUAAUGUACUCGCUAUAGCACUUCCAUCAGGUCCACAAAAUAUUGAAUUUGAAUUUACUGCUGUCAAUCGUUCGAAUACAGCGAUGAUGGAUGAAUUAGGACGUGUUGUUGUAUCACUUUGUUCUACUAUACCAGAUGGUCUGGUAGUUUUUUUUUGUUCAUAUGAUCAUUUACAAAAAACUUAUACAUAUUUUGAAAAAACAUUUGUACUAAAUAAGAUUUUGGCCAAGAAGAAGAUUUUUAUGGAACCAAAACGUUCAAGUGAUGUUGACACUAUUCUUACGAAUUAUACAAAAUCAAUCAAAAAUGGUACAGGUGGUUUACUUUUUUCAAUUGUCGGUGGUAAAAUGAGUGAAGGAAUCAAUUUUUCUGAUGAAUUAGCUCGAUGUGUAUGUAUUGUUGGUAUGCCCUAUCCCAAUAUAGGUUCAGCUGAAAUGGUUGAAAAAAUGCGUUAUUUGGAUUCAAUGAAAUUAAAAUCUACUACAGCUGGAGAAACAGCUGGGAGAGCCUAUUAUGAAAAUACAUGUUGGAAAGCAAUUAAUCAAAGUAUUGGACGAGCUAUUCGACAUCGUGGUGAUUAUGCUUGUCUUCUUUUAAUUGAUAAACGAUAUAGUAAAGCAAAUAUACCAUCGAAAUUACCUCAUUGGUUAGCAAAUAGUUUUCAUCAAAUGAAGAAUUUUAAUGAAACAUCAAACGCACUUCAACAGUUUUUUGUUCGACGUUCGAAUAAGCCAACAUCAUCAUAA